AUGGCCACAAAGUCGCGCACGCCCCUCCGUCCGGGUAUAUACUGUCCCACCCUCACCUUCUUCGACCCUACAACUGAAGAUCUCGACCUCCCAACCAUAGCCAAGCACUCCGUUCGGCUCGCCCGCGCUGGUCUCGUUGGCCUCGUAACCCUCGGCUCGAAUGGAGAAGCAGUCCACCUUUCUCGAUCCGAAAAGGCCGCCGUGACUCGCACGACGAGGCAAGCACUCGACGAAGCUGGCUACAGAGACGUCCCCGUGAUUUGCGGAGCGGCGGAGCAAUCCGUUCGCGGUACUUUAGAAUUGUGCAGAGAGGGCGCAGAGGCAGGGGCGGAUUACGUACUGCUUGUGCCCCCCAGCUACUAUCGGGCUGCAAUGAAUGAAGGGCAACUGGAAGAAUAUUAUAACGCGGUUGCAGACGAGAGUCCGGUGCCGGUCCUACUUUACAACUAUCCUGGUGCAGUGGCAGGGAUUGAUAUGGACUCCGAUUUCAUUAUUCGCGUCGCACAGCAUUCGAACAUCGUUGGGACGAAGUUUACGUGCGGGAACACGGGCAAAUUGACGAGAGUCGCAAGUGCGACGGAUGCGUGUACGCCCAAGAAGAAGGGGAGUGGCUUCAUGGCUUUCGGAGGUAUGGCUGAUUUCACCGUGCAAACGUGGGUCAGUGGCGGCAGUGGCAUUGUUAGUGGAGCAGCGAACGUGAUGCCCAAGAUAGUGGUUGAGGCAUGGAAUCUUUGGACGGAGGGUAAGACGGAGGACGCGAUGAAGUUGCAAGAAGUUGUCAGUAGAGGAGAUUGGUUAUUAGGGAAGCCAGGGGUACCGGGGACGAAGGCAGCGCUGCAGAGGUUCUUUGGGUAUGGGGGUUAUGCGAGGAAGCCUUUGCGGAGGGUCGGUGAUGCAGAGGUGGACAGUCUGGCGGAGAAGAUGAAGGAGGUGAUGGAUAUUGAAAAUACGCUUUGA